AGAUCUGCACCGUCGGCCGCCGGGAGCUCAGGGCUCCGGGCGUAGAGGCUGCGCUGUCACAUGGGCGGCGGCGACGGGGCCGCAUUUAAGCGGCCGGGCGACGGCGCCCGCCUCCAGCGCGUCCUCGGGCUCGGCUCCCGCCGGGUGCCCCGCUCCCUGCCCGCCGGGGGGCCCGCGCCGCGCCGCACCGCGCCGCCCCCGCCGGGCCAUGCGAGCGCGGGCCCCGCCGCGAUGAGCUCGCACAUCGCCAAAAGCGAGUCCAAGACGUCGCUGCUGAAGGCGGCGGCGGCGGCGGCGGCGAGCGGGGGCAGCCGGGCUCCCCGCCACGGCCCUGCCCGGGACCCGGGGCUGCCCGGCCGCCGGCUGACCGGCGCCUGCCCGAGUACGCCGCCGCCGUCCGGGGACCCCAGUUCACGAAGGCCCCUGUGCCGACCCGCGCCGCGGGAGGAGGGCACGCGGGGGAGCCGGCGUGGGCUCCCUCCAGCGCACUGCAGGCCCCGGGAGGCGCUGCCGGCCGCGGCGUCCCGACCUCCGCCGCCGUCGCCGCUGCCGCUGGCCCGCGGGCGGGAUGGGGAGGGACGGGGGCUGUCUCCGGCGCUCGGCCUCCGGGGCUCUCCGCGAGUCCCGGGCCGCGGGGACUCGGCUCCAGCCGCCGUGUCCGAGGCAGACCCGUUCCUCCACCGGCUGCGCCCCAUGCUCAGCUCCGCCUUCGGCCAGGACAGGUCACUGCGACCAGAGGAAAUUGAAGAGCUCCGAGAGGCCUUCCGAGAAUUCGAUAAGGACAAGGACGGCUACAUCAACUGCCGGGACCUGGGCAACUGCAUGCGCACCAUGGGCUACAUGCCCACCGAGAUGGAGCUCAUUGAGUUGUCGCAGCAGAUUAACAUGAACUUGGGUGGCCAUGUGGAUUUUGAUGACUUUGUGGAAUUAAUGGGCCCUAAACUUCUGGCAGAGACAGCAGACAUGAUUGGAGUAAAGGAGCUUCGAGACGCUUUCCGAGAGUUUGACACUAAUGGUGAUGGAGAAAUAAGCACCAGUGAAUUACGAGAGGCCAUGAGGAAGCUCCUGGGUCAUCAGGUGGGACACCGAGACAUAGAAGAAAUUAUUCGAGAUGUGGAUCUCAAUGGGGAUGGACGAGUGGACUUUGAAGAGUUUGUCCGGAUGAUGUCCCGCUGAGGCCGCCAGGGCCCCUCCAGGACUGCCAAGCUCCCACAGGUGGGGAGGAGAGAAGCCAGAGCACGCCGCACCCCGCUGUAGCCGCCAAGAGCCCAGGAUGAACUCGCGGAUGGGGCCUGCCUGCACCCCGGGGGAGGUGCCCACCCCGGAACCCCACCCCUCCGCACUGUGAAAGACUCACAACUCCUGCAACUGGAAAGGGAGGCGCCCGCCGAGGAGGAGGCCACAGUGCCAAGCCGGCAGAGUCGUGCCAGGCGCCAAGUGCCAUGUGCCCAGCCGUGGCUGGCUGGGUGGGCCAGGGAGCCCGCCAGCAGACCCCACACAGCAUGUCUGCCCCGGGGCAGAGCCUCUUGUUGCCCUCCUCAGCUCUGUGCCCGUCCCAGCUCGCCUCAAAACUAAUAAAGUAUUUCCAAGAG